AUGAUUAAUAUUCCAACUUCGAUUCUUUGCCGUUUGGGCGCCAGAUCAUCGAUUUCCCGUUCAUUUGGAACAUCGGUAGUCACCAAGUCAGAGGCAAAGACACCUAUUCAAAAGUUCGGAUGGGAAUACCUCAUGAAGCAGCGCGCCAAGAACCGCCCUAUUGCUCCACAUCUCACCAUCUACCAACCUCAACUCACCUGGAUGCUUUCUGGAUUCCACAGAAUCAGUGGAUGUGUUAUGGCUGGUACUCUUCUCGUCGGAGGAAUUGGAUUCGCCGUUCUUCCAUUCGAUUUCACCACUUUUGUUGAAUAUAUUCGUGGAUGGAACUUACCAUGCGCCGUCACUGCUGUCUUCAAGUAUAUCAUCGCGUUCCCAAUCAUUUUCCAUACUCUCAACGGAAUUCGAUUCCUAGGAUUCGACUUGGCUAAAGGAGUUGAUAACAUCGGACAGGUUUACAAGUCCGGAUGGUUGGUAUUCGGAGUGUCGGCUGUCAUUGCUCUUGCCAUUGUCAUCAACUCUUGCCAGAACAAGAACAAGGCUGUCAAGACUGCUUAG